UAUAUAAGGGGCCCCUUCUCUCAACUACUCAUAGCACCUAUCUCUCAUCUCAUCUCAUAUAUCUCUUUACACACUCAAAUCCUAUCUCCAGUCCUCCAUCUCUUCACACCACACAGACUCAUCUCGACCAACAGCUGUACCCGUAGGGAACACCACACCUUGAAAACAUGACCAUGAUCACCAGAAUACUCCUGCUCCUUGCUGUCACCAUCUGUAUCACAGUCGCCCAGCGUUCUGUGAGCCAGCGAUGUUUGUGUCGGAAGGUGCGGAACAGCUUUGGCGCUCCAAACACUGUUGAGGACAUCCAGAUCUAUCCUCCAACUCCCUCCUGUGACAGGCUGGAGUUCAUUGUUAGCCUUAAGAAUGGAGUGCAGUACUGCCUGGACCCCAGUAUGACGAAAGUGCAGAGACUUCUCACUCGCCUGAUGAAGAAGUCCUCUCCCCCAACUGUCCCCACUCCAAUUGAGGCCAUCUCUAAUGAGAGAAGCAUUGACUCUGCUGAUAUCUGAUUCCCUGUCUCAGACUCCCUCUAUGACUCCAUUUAGCUUGGUUUCCCAAACUCGGUACUGGGGCCCCCACUUGCUGCACGUUUAGAUUUUUGCCCGCCCGAGCACACAGCUGAUUCAAAUAACCAUAAAUAGUCAAGCUUUGAUGAUUUGAUUAAUCUGUGUAGUGCUAGGGCAAAAACAAAAAUGUGCACGGCGAGACAAAUGUGUUGUUAUCCUAUAAGGUCUGACAUCCCAUCACUCUGAAUGUUUAAGACCAAGUCAAUGUCAAAGCAGUUUAAUGCAGAAGCUUCUUGUUCUAAUGAACUUUAUACUUCUAUUUUGUACUUUUUUUAUAUUUCAAUUUCAUAUGUCUGUGUUGGGAUGUUAUGCUUUUGUGUUCUGUUUUGCACAGUUGUUGUCUCAAGUGAUUUAAAAUACUUUAAUACAUCUAUUUUCUCGUGAUUUUUUUAUGCGUUUCACUGGAUAAUUUUGUUAUAAAGCAAAAUGUAUCAAAUGAGAAGGAACAUUGUUAAUGGUUUUGAACCUGGAAUCUUGUAAAUAGUGUCAUCUGGUGGCUGCAAAAGAGCAGAGCACUCCACGUAAAUAGAGAUGCCCGAGACAGGUCUCGCUUACAGAAGGAAAGCUUGCACUCUCGUGCCACAUUGCAGGUACACUGUACACAACAAUUGUAGCCUAUACUACGGAUGUCCUUUCCAGCUUCUAAUAAAUAUAUGUGUUCUCUA